UCUCUAAAUUUUAAGUAAAAUGUCUAAAAAGGGAGAUCCGCAAUCCUCUGGUGGUGAAGAGGAGGAAGAGGAGGAGUAUGCCGUGGAGAAGAUUCUCGACCGUCGUGUGCGCAAAGGAAAGGUUGAGUAUUACCUCAAGUGGAAGGGUUAUGCUGAAACAGAAAACACUUGGGAGCCCGAGGGCAAUCUCGACUGCCAAGAUUUAAUACAACAAUACGAAUUGUCACGCAAGGAUGAGGCUAAUGCAACGGCUAAAAAAGAUCGUCCCGGUAGUACUGCCGAGAAUAAGGAUGCCUCGAGCUCAUCCACUCCCAGCACCACCAAUAACAGCAGCAACAACAAGCGCAAAUCCGAGGAACCCCCAGGUCCAGCUAGCAAAACCAAGCGUGCCGAAGUAUUAGUACCAGCUGGCGGCACUGGCUUCGAUCGUGGCCUCAAGGCUGAAAAGAUAUUAGGCGCAUCCGAUAAUGAUGGGCGUCUCACAUUCCUCAUUCAAUUCAAGGGCGUGGAUCAAGCGGAAAUGGUGCCAUCGACAGUGGCGAAUGUAAAGAUCCCACAAAUGGUCAUUCGCUUCUACGAGGAGCGUCUUUCGUGGUACUCGGACAACGAGGAUUGAAGUAACAUGACAGCAUCUCCAGCAUCCCAUUUUGAAGUCCGCUUACAUAUUAUUCUCUAAGUUUCACACAACAUACAACAAAAAAAUAAACCAUGUUGAAAUAAA